CCUCUCCUCACCCCGAGUCGCUGGCAAAGAGACGCUGUGGCGAACAAAACAUCACAACAUCCGUUCUUCCCCCGCCUGUUGGUGAUUUGUAGUGAACAUUAAGGCAGAGGCUCGGCUUGUUUUCGGGAGAAUGCUUUGAAAUUGUGGACGAUCUGUGAAUGUUGGUGAAGGAUGAGGAUGAAGUUUAUGAUGACGUGGUUGCUGCUGGCUGCUGUACAAGAAGAAUCCACCCCCUCCCCACGAGCUAACACGCACAACAGUCCAAGCAAUAUGAUGCCCUUCACCUCUCAGUUUAAUCAACAACACACACACACAUCGUCAAAGAGGCUGCAGCUCAGGAUGUCUUUGUCUCGCUGGCUGAGUUGGAAGAUUCCUUACUGAGGAACCUGUUCCGAGGCUACCAGAAGUGGGUCCGGCCUGUCCAGCAUGCCAAUGACACCAUUACUGUGCGCUUUGGACUAAAGAUCUCACAACUGGUGGAUGUGGAUGAAAAGAACCAACUGAUGACGACAAAUGUCUGGCUUUGGCAGGAAUGGGUUGACGUCAAGCUAAUGUGGAAUCCAGAUGAAUAUGGAGGUAUUACGUCCAUCCGGGUACCUUCAGAGACAAUAUGGCUGCCAGACAUUGUUCUGUAUGAAAAUGCUGAUGGUCGCUUUGAGGGUUCCCUGAUGACCAAAGCCAUCGUUCGCUGGGACGGGACGAUCACGUGGACGCCACCAGCCAGCUACAAGUCUUCCUGCACCAUGGACGUCACCUUCUUCCCCUUUGAUCGCCAAAACUGUUCCAUGAAAUUUGGCUCCUGGACUUACGAUGGAAAUAUGGUGGAUCUGGUUCUUGUGGACUAUUAUGUGGAUCGCAAAGACUUCUUUGAUAAUGGCGAGUGGGAGAUCCUCAAUGCAACAGGAAUGAAGGGAAGCAGGAGGGACGGGGUGUACUGGUACCCCUUUGUAACUUACUCCUUCAUCCUCAAGAGGUUGCCCUUGUUCUACACCCUCUUCCUCAUCAUCCCGUGCCUCGGUCUGUCCUUUCUGACUGUCCUGGUCUUUUAUUUACCAUCAGAUGAAGGAGAGAAACUGUCGCUUUCCACAUCUGUCUUGGUGUCACUCACUGUCUUCCUCCUGGUCAUAGAGGAAAUCAUCCCUUCAUCCUCCAAGGUGAUCCCACUAAUCGGAGAAUACUUGCUCUUCAUCAUGAUCUUUGUCACCUUUUCCAUCAUUGUCACUGUCUUCGUCAUUAAUGUCCAUCAUCGCUCUUCAGCAACCUACCACCCCAUGGCCCCGUGGGUGAAGAGCCUCUUCCUGCAGAGGCUGCCCAGGCUGCUGUGUAUGCGGGGACACACAGACAGAUACCACUACUGGGAUACUGAGAUGAGCCGCUCUGAGUCAAAGCCUCGUAGAGGCGUGGGAAAGAGGGGGGCUCCCGGACACCAGAGAGGGCCUCUCGGAGGAAAGGAGGAAGAGAAUGAAGCCUGGCUCGCCAUGCUGGAAAAUGCCACACAUUCAGUUCGCUACAUCAGCCAUCACAUCAAAAAGGAGCACUUCAUACGAGAGGUUGUACAAGACUGGAAGUUUGUGGCUCAAGUGCUGGAUAGGAUUUUCCUGUGGGCCUUCCUCACGGUGUCAAUACUAGGAACAGUCCUCAUCUUCACACCCGCCCUGCAGAUGUACCUCAGCUCACCCUAAUGAACUUAUACUUGCAAAUACCCAAUACAACAUUGAAACUUGCCAUUUAUGAAGUGUUAAGAGCAUGCAGAGAAAUGCAAAGGACAAAGCAAUAAGCAGGUGGAAGUAGCUCGUAGGAUUUAAACAACCACUUUGGUAUUCAGUAUGUGUCCAUGUAGUAGUACUUCAUAACUUCUUUUGUGUCCAAUACAGCAUGCUGCAUUCAAUAUCUUGUCAUAAUGAAUGAAUAA